AUGACCCCAAUGCAAAAACGACAAGCGAUUACGAAACUGAAUUACUGCGCAAAUUGCCUAUGCAGUCACUAUGGAAAAAACUGCACUUCAAGCUCACGUUGUCGUGAAUGUGACGGAAAUCACAACACACUUUUACACGAAGCAUUUCGCAAGUUCAAUAACCCGAUAACCAGGACCGGGAUUCAAGGAUCAAGCUCACAACCGACAAACACUUACACCGCUCAACAAGGAGAAUCAUCUGAAGUACUAUUAGCAACCGCCAUAAUACAAGUAGCAGGAGUAGAUGGUGUAUCCCGGAAAAUGAGAGCCCUCAUCGAUCCAGGAUCACAGAUAUCCAUCAUCACAGAGAACGCUGCACAACAACUAAGAUUGCCGCGACAAAAAUGUUCAGGAGUAAUAACUGGAGUUGGUACCAAGGACACAAACUGCAAAGGGAAAAUCACGAUCCAUUGCUCGUCCUUGAUUGAAAACUUCGCAUUCACCACGGAAGCACUCAUCAUGAACAAGUUAACUAAUAAUUUGCCAAACUACACAUUCAAGAAACCAGACUGGAAAUACCUAAACAAGUUAUCACUCGCCGAUCCCGAGUUUUUCAUCAGUCGUCCUAUUGACAUACUACUAGGCGCUGAUAUUUACGCAAGCAUCCUGAUGGAAGAGAUAAGAAAACCUAAUAACACACAACCCGUAGCACAAAGAACCCAACUUGGUUGGAUUUUAUACGGAAAAACAACGACAACACUGCAGUGCAACGUUGUCCUUAACAAUAUAGAGGACAUUCAACGAUUUUGGGAGAUUGAAGAAAUAUCAAGUGAACCCUCUCAAUCAAAUGAUGAUCAAGAAUGUAUAGAUUUUUAUAAAACAACCACAACAAGAAGGAAUGAUGGAAAGUAUCAAGUGCGACUCCCGCUCAAGAAGGACAUCCAUGAAUUAGGUCAAUCAAGAAACAAAGCAAUCGCACAGUUCCUCCAAUUAGAAAGGAAAUUCAAGGCGAAUCCAAAAGUAGAAACCGAGUACAAGAUGUUUAUGCAUGAAUACCAAGAUUUAGGUCACAUGCAAAAGGCCAACUGUAAGACGACACCUGAAUAUUUUUUACCACAUCAUUGUGUGCUUCGAGAAUCGACCACGACGUCACUACGUGUGGUAUUCAACGCCUCCCAAAAUACCAGUAAUGGGAAGAGCCUUAACGACUACAUGCAUAAAGGACCAAACCUACAACAGGACCUUUUUGCAUUGAUUUUGAAAUGGCGCCAAUAUUACAUCGCUUUCACGGCAGACAUAGAAAAAAUGUUUCGCCAAAUCUGGAUACACCCCGACGAUCUAAAAUUCCAGAAAAUAAUAUGGCGUGACUUCCCUAAUCAAGCCAUAGAGGAAUACGAGUUGACGUCAGUCACAUAUGGAACCAAGGCCGCUCCAUUCCUCGCCAUGAUGACCCUGAGACAAUUAGCAGAAGACGAAAGACAAAAUUAUCCUGAAGCGGCAGAAAUUGUAAAAACAAGUUUUUAUAUGGAUGAUUUACUUCAAGGAUCUCAUUCACUGGAAAACGCCAUAAAAAUAAAACAAGAAUUGAUCGAAUUAUUGAAAAAAGGAGGCUUCAAUCUGCGAAAAUGGACCUCAAACCAUCAAGAUUUACUGCAAGACAAGCAAAAUGAUACCAAACAAGAUGAAUACGAUUUCAAGCAUUUGACUUCAACGAAAACACUCGGACUCCGUUGGGAUCCAGAACAAGACAUGUUUAUAUUUCAAUCAAUGAUAGACAACCCUACAGAUAACAUCAACAAUACCAAGAGAAAACUGUUAUCUGAUUUAUCUAAACUUUUCGACCCUCUCGGAUGGCUUACACCCAUCUCUACAAAAUUGAAACUGCUAUUUCAACAAGUAUGGGAACAAGAUAUCCCCUGGGACGCCAAGAUACCAGACAACAUUAAUAUAGAAUGGAUAAAAUUGAAACAAGACCUAAUAAACAUCAAUAAAAUACAAAUACCAAGAUGGUUAGGUACAAAGCCUGACACAGAUAUUGAAUUGCACGGAUUUUGCGACGCAUCGCAAAAUGCCUACGCUUGCGUCAUUUAUUGCAAGUUAUCAAGUGACACAGAAACAAAAAUCAUUCUAGUUGUCGCGAAAUCAAAAAUAGUACCACGAAACAAAGACAUCUCACUGCCCAGGAAAGAACUAAUUGGGGCACAUCUGCUAUCCCAAUUAAUGCAGAAAGUUGAACAAUGCUUAACCAACUAUAAAGUCAGUCUAUACGCAUGGACUGACUCUACAGCAGUGCUCGGAUGGAUACAAGGAAAUCCAGACCGCUGGAAAACGUUCGUUUCCAACAGAGUAAGGAAAAUCACAACGGUCUUACCAGCCGAGCAUUGGCGGUAUGUAAAGUCAGCCGACAACCCCGCUGACUGCGCCAGCCGAGGCAUAACACCAUCGCAACUACUACAACAUAGCCUAUGGUGGCAAGGACCGGCUUGGCUAUCGUCAUUCAAGGACGAAAAGACUGAACAAGAAACCUAUUUUACAAACGAAGAAUCAAGAAACAACACACAAGUCAACUUAACUACUCAGAGCACAGAACAAGAAAGCAUUAUAAAAGACUUAUUACAAAAGUACAGCUCACUAUCAAGAGUGAUACGAAUUUUGGGCUGGGUACGUCGUUUUAUAUCAGGAGGAAAAAGGAAGAGAGAGUCGUACCUGACGUUGGAAGAAUUAAAAAAUGCAAAAAUUGCCAUCAUCAAGCAAACACAAGCUGAGACAUAUCAAGAUGAAAUAGUGUACGAACAAGAGUCCUCGAUGAAUACUUUAUCUUCGAAAUAA